CUCGUCCCCAAAUCAACUUUCUGCACAUCCUCCCUGGUCGCAUUAGCUUGCAGACUCUAAUUACUUCUCGAUGUCUUAUCAUGGCCUUUCUCUACCAUCUUCUGGCCCUCUAGUCCCUCAGCAACGGCCACCGUUACAGCCGCCACCGGUCCAACAGCUGACCCCACCCGCAACUGAGGGCGCUAAGACGCCAGCUGCCCCACCCACUCUCGAGCAGCAGCACAUUACCGCCGUAGAUGGUAUUGUGCCAACUCUCCAAAAUAUCGUCGCUACGGUCAACCUUGAUUGUCGACUGGAUCUCAAGACCAUCGCUCUGCAUGCCCGCAAUGCCGAGUACAAUCCCAAGCGUUUCGCUGCCGUCAUCAUGCGUAUACGAGAACCAAAGACGACCGCGCUGAUCUUUGCGUCUGGCAAGAUGGUCGUUACGGGUGCAAAGUCGGAGGAUGAUUCUCGGCUGGCGUCUCGCAAAUAUGCGCGUAUCGUGCAGAAGCUUGGGUUCGACACGCGGUUCGUGGAUUUCAAGAUCCAGAACAUUGUCGGCUCGUGCGAUGUCAAGUUCCCUAUCCGUUUAGAGGGCCUGGCAUACUCUCACGGACAGUUCAGCAGCUACGAGCCUGAGCUAUUUCCUGGUCUUAUUUACCGUAUGCUCAAACCAAAAGUCGUCCUGCUGAUAUUCGUCUCCGGGAAGAUCGUCCUCACCGGUGCCAAGGUCCGAGAGGAGAUUUAUACCGCCUUCAACACGAUCUACACUGUGCUUCAGGAGUUCAAGAAGCCUUGAGCGCUCUUUCAAGUGCUGGUCACUGAGCUGCGCACUGUAUUAUUGUCACGACUUCUCUUUGCAUGCUUUUUCUCCUCCACAUUCAACAUGGAAGACCUCGCAAUAUUUCUGCUUCCGCUCCCCUUCUCUCCCCCUCCUUCCCGUCAUGCAACCUAUCUCACGAGAUGCCAUCGAUCGAACAAUUCGCAACACACCCUUUCC